CAUUUCUUAUAAACAACUCCAUUCAUACAUACAAGUUUCAUCGUAUAUACCCUUCACCCCACCCAACACCGCCGUUCUCCACCACCACAUUUGUCAUCGGAUUCAAUUUGGAAACAAAUCGCUUAAGAACACUUUUUGGUAGGUGAUUUAAUGUGAAAAAUAUCGUUUUUAUAUUGAAGUGGAAAGUUUAUCGCGUGUUAAUAAUUUUGAUCAUACUAUUUGCAACCAGUGCAUAAAACGACAAAUUUAAACCAUGACGAUCAGCGUGAAAGAUUCCACCAUGGUGAGGCCGGCGGCGGCUACGCCGAUGAAGAGCCUGUGGAACUCCAACGUGGACCUGGUGGUGCCGAACUUCCACACCCCUAGCGUUUACUUUUACCGGCCGACCGGGGCUGCGAACUUUUUCGACGCUACUGUGCUCAAGGAGGCACUUAGCCGUGCGCUGGUACCAUUCUAUCCCAUGGCUGGUAGGUUGAAGAGAGAUGAAGAUGGUCGAAUUGAGAUUGACUGUAAUGGUGAGGGAGUGCUGUUCGUGGAGGCGGACUCCGAGGGGACGGUCGAUGAUUUCGGCGACUUUGCUCCAACGCUGGAGCUCCGACGUCUUAUGCCGGCGGUGGAUUAUUCUCAACCAAUAUCGACGUAUCCACUUCUGGUGUUACAGGUAACGCACUUCAAAUGUGGAGGAGUCUCCCUAGGUGUUGGAAUGCAACAUCAUGUAGCAGAUGGAUUUUCUGGUCUUCAUUGUAUCAAUACAUGGUCCGAUAUGGCUCGUGGUCUAGACAUAACUGUCUUGCCUUUCAUCGAUAGGACUCUCCUCCGUGCGCGCGAUCCACCCCAGCCUCAGUUCAAGCACAUCGAGUACCAACCUCCUCCGGCCAUGAAAACUCCUCCUCAGAAUAACUCUAAAUCUGAUCCUGAAACGGCUGUUUCCAUAUUCAAACUAACUCGUGCCCAACUCAGUGCCCUAAAAGCCAAGUCGAAGGACGAGGAAAAUACGAUUUCCUAUAGCUCGUAUGCAAUGUUGGCAGGACAUGUAUGGCGUUGUACGUGUAAUGCACGAGGACUUCCCAAGGAUCAAGAAACGAAGCUUUACAUUGCAACCGAUGGGCGAUCUAGGCUCCAACCUCCACUCCCUGAGGGCUAUUUUGGAAAUGUGAUAUUCACAGCAACUCCUAUUGCAGUAGCUGGUGAUCUCCAAUCAAAGCCCGUAUGGUACGCUGCGAGUAAAAUUCAAGAUGCUUUAGCUCGAAUGGACAACGAUUACUUGAGAUCUGCACUCGAUUACUUGGAGUUGCAACCCGAUCUUAAGGCCCUUGUCCGUGGUGCGCAUACUUUUAGAUGUCCAAAUCUUGGUAUAACAAGUUGGGUUCGACUGCCAAUCCACGAUGCGGACUUUGGAUGGGGUAGACCGAUCUUUAUGGGUCCCGGUGGGAUCGCGUACGAAGGUUUGAGUUUUGUAUUGCCAAGUCCAGACGACGACGGGAGCUUAUCUGUUGCGAUUUCGCUGCAAACGGAACACAUGAAAGUUUUUGAGAAGCUAUUGUAUGACAUUUGAUCUAAAUUUGAUCACUUCCAAAACUAGUUGGGUUAAUUUGUGCCUGUUUCUGCACAUUGAUAAUGCUGUUUUCCUAAGUGAUGGCCUUUUGCCAUGGCAACAUUUCUUUUAUAUGUGCCAAAUGCUACCUGUAAUUGAAUUUCCAACAGCACGUUAUUAACUACAUACUUAUGAGACUUGA